AAGUCAGUGCUCCGCCGUCAGGAGUCCGGGUGGGAGUUGCCAACAAGGAAGUAUCGAUGAGUAGUUUAGAGAUUCUCUGAUCCUCGAGAGCGUCAGAAAGGCCUGGUGUUUGAAGCAUGUCUCCGGAAGAGCUGACGUACCUGCUGGUUUUAGCCGUGUCCAUUCCGGUGGGGUUCGUGUUCAAGCAUUUCACUCCUCCGGUGAAGCAGGGGGCAGCGCUGAUCCUGGGCCUGGCUUUGACAGUUGCUACCUGUGGGAUCCACACCCUGCAUUCUCUCAUCACAGUGCUGGGCACCUGGGGCAUCAUCACGUACAGCUGGAGGUUUGCCCCCUCCCUCGCUCUGUCCUGGUCGUUUCUCUACCUGCUGUUUUUCCGGCUGGUCACAUGGUUUGGUCUGCCCGCCCCCACGCCGUUCACCAACGCAGUGCAGCUGCUGCUCACACUCAAGAUGGUGAGCCUGGCCAAUGAGGUCCAAGCCUUCCACCUGGCCAAGAAACAGGAAGUGAGCUCGUUCAGCAAGUCCUCUGUGAUUGGCCACAUCUCCAAGGUUCCCUCCCUCUACGAUGUGCUGUGUUACAGCUACUGUUACAUCGGCAUCAUGACUGGCCCGUUCUACCGCUAUCAGACCUACGAGGACUGGCUGUGUCAGCGCACCCCGGGUUCGAUCCCAGCGCUGACCCCGUGUGUGCAGCGGCUGCGCUGGGUCCCGCUGUACGCAGCGCUCUUCCUGGGCGUGUCCGCCGUCUUCCCUCUCGCACACGUGCGCUCCGAGGACUUCCUGCAGCAUCACUUCCUGUACAGACUGUUCUACAUGCUUCCGGUGUUCUUUGUGUUCCGGAUGCGGUUCUAUGCUGCCUGGUGCACAGCGGAGGCAAGCUGCAUCGCUGCAGGACUGGGGGCCUACCCAGAGGGGGCGCUGUCCAAGCCAGGAGGGGGGCCCACAGUGGAGUACAGCACCUCCCCGGACUCUCCUGUCCUCUAUGACUUUGAGACGGUGCGCAACAUUGACUGCUACAACACCGACUUCUGUGUGAAAGUGAGGCACGGCAUGCGCUACUGGAACAUGAGUGUGCAGUGGUGGCUUCACAAUUACAUCUACCGCAACGCGCCCUUCCGAUCAUACGUCAUGAGAGCUGCCUGGACCAUGUUUAUCAGUGCGUACUGGCACGGGCUCCAUGUCGGCUACUACCUGUCCUUCCUCACAAUCCCGCUGUGCCUGGCUGCAGAGACCUCCAUGGAGCGCGGGGUGAGGAGCCGCCUCUCCCCUGCGGGGCAGUACUGGUUCGAUUGGGUGCACUGGUUCCUGAAGAUGCGGGCCUACGACUACAUGUGCAUGGGCUUCGUGCUGCUGAGCUGGGGAGACACGCUGCGCUACUGGGGCUCCGUGUACUACUGCAUCCAGGUGGUGGCACUGCUGUGCAUAGCGCUGGGGCAGGGGCUGGGCAAGGGAAGGGGAGGGGAGCGGAGGGAGAAGAAAGAGGAGGAGGAGAAGCAGGAGGGGAGGGAGGAGGAGAAGAGGGAGAAGAGAGAGUGAGGAGGAGAAGAGAGAGAGUGAGGAGGAGAAGAGAGAGAAGAGAGAGUGAGGAGGAGAGAGGGGGAGUGGAUUGGA